AUGCCCCUGAACCUCAUUCUUGCUGCCUUCCACCUCUCUGCUCUGCCCCCUCUGCCCUCCCUGCCAGGCCGGCUCAAGCCAAGGGGAGAGCAGCAGGCGAGCAGCAAGCAACGGGAGGGCCAAGGCGGGCAGCUGGACGGAGGGCAGAGCCUCAUCAACGGCCUGCACAAGCCAAGGGGAGGGCAGCAGACGAGCAGCAAGCGAGGGGGGCGCCAAGGCGGGCAGCAGGAGCGCGGGCAACAGGGCAGCAGCGCCGGCCUCAUCAACGGCCUGCACAAGCCAAGGGGAGGGCAGCAGACGAGCAGCAAGCGAGGGGGGCGCCAAGGCGGGCAGCAGGAGCGCGGGCAGCAGGGCAGCAGCGCCGGCCUCAUCAACGGCCUGCACAAGCCAAGGGGAGGGCAGCAGGCGAGCAGCAAGCGAGGGGGGCGCCAAGGCUUGCAGCAGGGGCGCGGGCAGCAGGGCAGCAGCGCCGGCCUCAUCAACGAUCCUCCUGCCCUUCUCUCCCUUUUCUGCCUGCCACCAGGUCACUUGGCAUCAACAGCAGUGCUGCAGCAGCAGCAGCAGCAGCAGCAGCAGCAGAAGCAGCAGCAGCAGCAGCAGCAGCAGCAGUGUGGGUGGGGGGCUGGAGAGCAGCAGGGGAGAAGGGGCAGCAACAAGCAGUGCUUUCAAGCUUCCAGUUAA